CGGAGUCAUUGUACGUUCUCUACCAGCGAGACUGUCCUAGCUAAAAAGUCACCGUCACAGUUGCGGUUCUGCUAUUAUCAUACAACAACACUCGAAAACGACGCUAAUCUAAAUGUGGACUUUCGCGACUAUUUAUCGAUUUGUGCUACUCUAUUCGCUAUGCAUCUACCAAUGCCACUGUUUGCCCGCUGACUUCGAGAACAUCACGGAUCCGGCGGGACUCGAGAAUCAAGUAUGGCGAGCACGUUUUCGGGACUCAGAUCCGCCUCAAUUUCCGGGAAACGUUUCCCAUCCAUAUUUCCGAAGCAAACGAGUCAUCAAUAUGGACUCCGGAACUGUAACUAAACAGAAAACUUAUCAAGCUUGCAUCGCACCUGGCAAUCGAAGUGGUCACUGUAAACACUUCAGCGGAUGUGCCCUUGAGGAGUUCCGCUCGAACUUUGAACGAUAUGUGAAUUAUAUGUGCAUAAUCGAGCAAACGUAUAUCGGUGUGUGUUGUCCGGACGGCGUUAUGACAGUUCGAGCGGAGAAGAGCUUCGACGAUGAUUUAGCCAGCGUGUUGCCGGCAAUAGCAAAUAUCGACGAUCCAGAGUGGGACGAAACCGAGAGCGAGAAAGAGACCGAGAAUGGACCACCUGUCGAUGACAAAGUAUUGAGCAGCGACGAGAAUUCGCGGCAAGACACUACUUCGACUAGCACGGAGGAUAUAAGAAAACCGCGGAGACCCAGAGGAUGCGGCAUGACCACAAAGAUGAAGACCAGAAUCGUGGGUGGUCAACCGGCUGACCCGAAAGAAUGGCCUUGGAUGGCCGCUCUUCUCAGGCAAGGCGCGAUUCAGUACUGCGGGGGUGUACUGAUCACAGAUAGACACGUACUCACCGCGGCGCAUUGCGUUUACAAGUUCAAGCCGCGUGACAUCACAGUGAGGCUCGGCGAGUACGAUUUCACCAGGCUUGACGAGACUCGAACGUUGGACUUCAUGGUGUCGGAGAUACGAGUACACCGGGAUUUUGUGUAUACUACUUACGAGAACGACAUCGCCAUCAUUAAGAUCCACCGGCCUACCACGUUCAACAGCUACAUCUGGCCCAUCUGCCUUCCGCCAAUUGAGCAAACGUUCGAGAACAAGAACGCCAUCGCUACUGGCUGGGGCACGCAGUACUACGGAGGACCCGCCAGCAACGUGCUGAUGGAAGUCGCAGUGCCGGUGUGGCCUCAGGAAAGAUGCGUUCGCAGCUUCACUCAGCACAUCACGAAUACCACGAUGUGCGCGGGCGCUUACGAGGGAGGUCGCGACGCCUGUCAGGGUGACUCGGGCGGGCCGUUGCUGCACCAGCUCGGUAACGGCAGGUGGGUCAACAUCGGGAUAGUGUCCUGGGGAAUUCGCUGCGGUGAGCCUGGAUAUCCUGGAAUAUACACUCGAGUGAACUCUUACCUCGACUGGAUAUUUGCGAACGCUGUGUUCUGAGCGUCGCUUUUGACCUCUCACCGUUGCUCUCUAGAGUGCCAAAGAUUUUUCUACUUGUACACGUACGAUUUCUUCGUCCCAGCAUGCGACUCGGCCGAGGAUACAAUAAUCAAAUAAAUUAGAGAGUAACUAGGACUCCAAGAAGCCAACAGACACGUGACGUUAGAUUGAUGCAAACGAUUUGUCAUUCUUCUAUUGGAUUCUCGCAGAAAGUUUGAAUAUUAAAGAAGGAAAGUAGGAAGCCCUCGUUAUACGUCUGAAGAAGUCAAUGUUAUCCGUUUUAUUCGUGAAAAUUAUUGCAUAAUUUCGCGUUCCAUCUUAUUUUUCACGACAUAUCUUUCUGCACCAAUCUAAUGAGACCUCUUCCCUCUUGGUCGCGCGACGGAGAGCGCCGUUAUUCGUCUGCGACGAUGUUGAAAACGACUAAACUUUAUUUGUUCCUUUUUCUUCGGAAUAUAUAUGUAUAUGUAUUGAUUGGUACAUCAUUAAAAGAGAGAUUGACACAGA